UUUGAUAGUUCAAGUGGAAUUAGACGCCUCCGUUUGGUGUGUUGUUAUGGCAUAAGCGAUGAGGGAUUGAUUGAAGUGGCUUCGAAACUUCCCCUGCUGGAAGAUCUUGAAAUUUCUUUCAGCUUUGCCUCUGCUGAGUCUCUAGAUGUGAUUGGGCGGUCUUGCCCUUUAUUGAAAUCACUCAAACUGAACAAAUAUGGGUAUACAUACCCGUAUCAUGAGUGCGAGGCGGACGCGCUUGCUAUUGCAUCCACAAUGCCUGACCUACGCCACCUUCAGCUUUGCGGUAAUAAGCUGACCAAUGAUGGCCUGCAGAAGAUUCUUGAUUGUUGUCUGAAGCUUGAGUCACUUGAUGUGCGCAAGUGUUUCAAUAUCAAUUUCGGGGUAGUUUUGAAAAGAUGUAGUAAACGAAUUAAGAGUUUACGGCUUCCUGAUGAUUCCACUGAUGACUAUGAGUUCGAUCGUGCAAAUCGUAGAGAGUUAUAUGCUGAAACGCAGUGUGAUCCAGAUUUUGGUGACUUCCUUCUAUUUGGACGUUCAGUUUUUGGUCGAGAUUGGUGAACAGCAUCAGUUGUACCAAGUAACUAUUGUUGUAAUAGGCGAUAACUUAUAGCCAUAGGCUUUACUCGAGCAUAUAGCUUUACCCAGGGUUGUUUGUAUUACUUUGUA